GAGAGAGAGAGAGACAGAAGGCAUCAAGCACGGGAGAGCCAACAGCAUCCCGUUCCGUUUUUGGUGAGAUUUUGCCGGGAAAGCGACCGACAUACGGCAACCCAUCCACCCACUGUCGGGCACCGUCUGUAACCUUCCGCUAAUCCUUCGUACGGACCCGGCCGUUCCGUUGCUGCCGUCGAGUAGAACGGAGUAAAAGUACAGAAAUCUUUCGUUCAUUUAGUCAGUUGGUUCGUGCUAGUGCUAGCGUUCACAUCGAACAUCCGGAACAGGUUGGCCGGUCGUCGGUGUCUCGUGGUUUUUAGCGUGCGAUUGAUCAGUUAGUUUUCGAACGUUGCUUCGUACGGUGGUGUUAGGUCAAGUGAAAAAGUGAAAAAGUUACAACAAUAACGCAUUAAAUUUUUAAAAAGUCAAUAUUAAAGCAAGAAACUAACGAACCGAAUACACUCACAAAAACCCGCCUGCUGUGUGCGUUUUGAAGUGUUGAAGUGUGCUGUGAGUGCUGUGUGCGUUUGUUUCUAGUUUGGUGGAAAAUUAAACAGUGAUUUUGUGCGAGUUUUCUCGCAGAAAGUAAUUAAUAUUUUGAAACACAAAUCAAACGAAGUGGAAAUAUCUGGCCAAGACUUUUUGCAACCAGUUGUAACAAAAUAGUGCAGUAAACAGUUGGGCCAUUGUAUGCAACGGGGGGAAGAAGUAAACACUACUUCACCUACUUGCCUACUAGUGACUGGUGUGGUUUCGUGAGAGAAGCGUGGCACAGGGUGUAGUAGUGGGAAGUUUUGUGCUGUUUAUGAGUACCGGCGGCAACUAGUUUUACCAUCUCACACCAACGAAUUUGAUCCAUCACAACAGUCGAACAGGUACCGCAUACGGCACGGCCACAUUUCAUUACUACAACCCCCCUCGGCGAACGCCCGAAGUUUCCUUCCGAGGACUGAUGAAGGACCUGCUGUAGGUCGACGACAAAAUUGGACAUGAGUGCUAAUCGACAGCCGUCAGUAUCGAUCGAACAGUAGUGUUCCCGAUUUUGUAGUGGAUUUGGACGUUACCUUCAUACUUCAAGCACCAACCAGGGGAAAACCAACUCCAUCCCCGUUUUGAACCCCAUCCCUUGUUGAAGCGUUCUGCUCGUGUGGAAAAUGAUGUCCCAGCAUCUUAACUCGAUGCUGGAGCACCUUAAGAUGGGGUCGCUGAUGAGCAAGGGUGGCUCGAGCGGCAAACAGCAGCAACAGGUUGCUCCAUCGUCCUCCGCCAAUGGCAGUGUUGCCAGCGCUGCCGGCGGUGCCCCCAACGGCAGCUGUACUAACAAUAAUUUGCACUGCAAUCAUCACGGUGGCAGUGGGAGUAGUGGGCACAAUAACAACAACAACACCAGCAACAUCAAUGCCAACCACAACAACAACUGUCACAAUGGUGGUCCACUGGCUGGUGGCAAGAUGGCGGACACGACGGUAGUGGUCGAACGGCGUGAAGUUGCUGAAGGGCGUGAGAGUAGCAAAGCGAACCACAUCGGUGAGGAACGCGUCCGUGGCUACGAUGUGUCACGGAAGCGUUGCAGCAUAUCGGUGCAGCAGCAUGGUGGUGGUGGUGGAACGGACGGUGGCGGAAAUAUACGGACCAACUAUCGGGAGCUGUCACCGGCUUCGCUUCGGAUUCAUCGGAAAUCGUCGCAUGAUAUUCGCAAUACGCUGCUCGGACCGGAUGGUGAGGUGUUGCAUCUGCAUGACCCAUCGGGCAAGGGUGGCGAUGGGAUGGGCAAGAUGCCGGCCGUUGUCAAACCGAUCAAGCUGAAGAGCAUUGUCACGAAGGCGGAAUCGUACGAUACGAUGCAUGGCAAGGCGAGCGAUGUAAUGUCGUGCUCGCGGGAAGUGUGUAUGGGAAGCGUUAUGACACCGCACGUCAUCGGUACGGAAACACGCAAGGCGGAUAUAGUGCAGCAGCAUGCGAAGGACUUUCUCGAUCAGUACUAUUCAUCUAUCAGACGAUUAAAAUCACCCGCUCACGAUAGCCGCUGGCAGCAGGUGCAGAAGGAAGUGGAAGCAACAGGCUCGUACCAUCUGACGGAAACCGAACUUAUCUACGGUGCCAAGCUGGCCUGGCGCAAUUCGUCGCGUUGCAUCGGUCGGAUACAGUGGUCCAAGCUGCAGGUUUUCGAUUGCCGAUACGUUACGACCACCAGCGGUAUGUUUGAAGCGAUCUGCAAUCACAUCAAAUAUGCCACCAAUAAAGGAAACCUCAGAUCAGCCAUCACAAUUUUCCCGCAGCGAACGGACGGCAAACACGACUACCGCAUCUGGAACAAUCAGAUUAUCUCGUACGCCGGCUAUAAGAAUGCAGACGGUAAAAUUAUCGGUGAUCCGGCCAAUGUCGAGUUUACUGAUUUUUGCGUGAAGCUCGGUUGGAAGAGUAAGCGAACGGAGUGGGAUAUACUGCCGCUGGUCGUGUCGGCGAACGGGCACGAUCCGGACUACUUCGAUUAUCCACCCGAGCUGAUCCUGGAGGUGCCACUCAGCCAUCCACAGUUUAAGUGGUUUGCCGAGCUUAACCUUCGGUGGUACGCCGUACCGAUGGUAUCGUCGAUGCUGUUCGAUUGUGGUGGUAUCCAGUUCACGGCGACCGCUUUCAGCGGUUGGUACAUGUCGACGGAGAUCGGUUGCCGCAACCUGUGCGAUGCUAAUCGGCGGAACCUCCUGGAGCCAAUCGCCAUCAAGAUGGGUCUGGACACACGGAACCCAACCUCACUGUGGAAGGAUAAGGCGCUGGUCGAGAUUAAUAUUGCCGUGCUGCAUUCGUACCAGAGCCGUAAUAUUACCAUCGUCGAUCAUCAUACCGCUAGCGAGAGCUUCAUGAAGCACUUUGAAAACGAAACCAAGCUAAGGAAUGGUUGUCCGGCCGAUUGGAUAUGGAUCGUGCCACCAAUGUCGGCCUCAGUAACGCCUGUUUUUCAUCAGGAAAUGGCCGUCUACUAUCUACGACCGUCGUUCGAGUAUCAGGAAUCGGCUAUGAAAACGCACAUCUGGAAGAAGGGACGAGAUUCGGCCAAAAAUAAAAAGCCCCGCCGAAAGUUCAACUUUAAGCAAAUAGCUAGAGCUGUCAAAUUUACAUCGAAACUGUUCGGACGCGCUCUGUCCCGUCGGAUCAAGGCGACGGUACUGUACGCGACGGAAACCGGACGCUCGGAACAGUACGCUCGUCAGCUAGUGGAGCUACUCGGUCACGCGUUCAACGCACAGAUCUACUGCAUGUCGGAUUACGACAUCUCAUCAAUCGAACACGAAGCCCUACUGUUGGUGGUUGCUUCCACCUUCGGCAAUGGUGAUCCACCGGAGAAUGGCGAGUCUUUUAAGAGCAUGUUGGAGUCAAAGAAGAAGAAAAUGCUUUUUGCACAAGAUCUGUACGCCAUGAAGCUACAUGAAAGUGGUCAUCACCAAGCGCACAGCGAACUAACGAUUGCCGCUUCCUCCAAGUCCUUCAUCAAGGCAAACUCGCGCAGCGAUUUGGGUAAGUUUGGUCCAAUGGGUGGUCGCAAAAUAGAUCGGCUCGAUUCGCUUCGCGGUUCCACCACGGAUACACUGUCCGAGGAAACGUUUGGACCAUUGUCGAAUGUACGGUUUGCGGUGUUUGCUCUCGGUUCGUCCGCUUAUCCAAACUUUUGCGCCUUCGGUAAGUACAUCGAUAACAUUCUCGGUGAGCUGGGCGGCGAGCGUCUGAUGAAGAUGGCAACGGGUGAUGAAAUUUGUGGCCAGGAGCAGGCAUUCCGCAAGUGGGCUCCGGAGGUGUUUAAGAUUGCCUGCGAAACGUUCUGUCUCGACCCGGAAGAAACGCUGUCGGAUGCGGCCUUUGCACUGCAGAGCGAGCUGUCGGAAAAUACGGUCCGGUAUGCACCGGUCAGCGAGUACGAAUCGCUCGAUCGUGCACUGUCCAAGUUCCACAACAAGAAAUCCAUGGAAUGCUCGGUGAAACGGAAUCCAAUCAAUCUGCACUGUGAGAUGAACGGUACCGAGCGGUCAACGAUUUUGGUGGAAAUUAUGGCCGAAGGGAUCGAUUACGAACCAGGAGAUCAUGUCGGUAUCUUUCCGGCUAAUCGAAAAGAAAUUGUGGAUGGCAUCAUCGAACGUUUGACCGGUGUAAAUGACCCAGAUGAAAUGUUGCAGCUACAAAUACUGAAGGAAAAACAGACACAAAAUGGUGUCUACAAAUCUUGGGAUCCUCAUGAGCGACUUCCUGUAUGUACGCUUCGCACACUGUUGACACGAUUCUUGGACAUUACUACUCCACCGACCAGACAGCUGCUCACCUACCUUGCCUCGUGCUGUGGUGAUAAGGCGGAUGAAGAAAGGCUACUGAUGCUAGCUAACGAAUCUUCAGUGUACGAAGAUUGGCGCUAUUGGAAGCUACCGCAUCUGCUCGAGGUAUUGGAAGAGUUCCCUUCUUGUCGGCCACCGGCAGCCGUCUUUGUCGCACAGCUGAAUGCACUCCAGCCACGCUUCUACUCUAUUUCUUCCUCGCCGAGGAAGUACUCGAACGAAAUUCAUCUAACAGUGGCGAUCGUCACGUACCGGGCCGAGGAUGGUGAAGGUGCCGAACAUUAUGGCGUGUGUUCGAACUAUUUGGCCAAUUUGCAAUCGGACGAUAGGAUCUACCUGUUCGUACGUAGUGCACCGUCGUUCCACAUGUCGAAAGAUCCUACUAAACCGGUCAUCCUGAUCGGUCCCGGUACUGGUAUUGCACCGUUCCGUUCAUUCUGGCAAGAAUGGGAUCACAUUAAGACGGAAAUGGUGGACUGUAAGAUUCCCAAGGUAUGGCUAUUCUUUGGCUGCCGCACAAAGAACGUGGACCUAUACCGGGACGAAAAGGAAGAGAUGGUACAGAACGGAGUACUCGAUCGGGUGUUUUUGGCAUUGUCGCGAGAGGAAAACAUUCCAAAGACCUACGUACAGGAUCUUGCACUCAAGGAGGCGGAGUCAAUCUCCGAGCUUAUCCUGCAGGAAAAGGCACACAUCUACGUGUGUGGCGAUGUCACCAUGGCCGAGCACGUGUACCAGACGCUGCGCAAGAUUCUGGCCACGCGCGAAAAGCGCACGGAAACGGAAAUGGAGAAGUACAUGCUAACGUUACGGGAUGAAAAUCGUUAUCACGAGGACAUUUUCGGUAUAACACUACGAACGGCGGAAAUACACAACAAGUCACGUGCUACUGCCCGUAUCCGUAUGGCUUCACAGCCGUAAGCUUUUCUGACUGUACUUUACCGGUUGGGGACAAGUUUUCCAAGACGAAACAAAAAAAAAAAAACAAUGACGCACACGGGUGUGCGGAUGUUAGACGAUAAAGCGCAAAGUUUACAUUAACUACUACGACACGUGUAUGCGAAUGUUGGUGUUGUACGUUGCUUUUUAUGAAAACUUAAUGGAAAUGUUUUUUUUCCACUUUAAACACCACUACUGAUCGUCGCAACGAAUCUAUACUGCAAACAUGUAAAUUUGUUAAGUGAUUUACGGUUUUUUUCCCCAGCAAAACAAAACCCAAUUUCUAACAAGUCGUUGGUGGAGUAUGUUAAGGAACAACGUUACACCUUUUCCAGAUGAUCCAAUUGAAUUGUUUUUGUUUUUGUCAGCUUAAAUCUACGGUAAAUCCUAACAGUUAAACUUACAGCGUGUAUUAAACCUUCAAACUAAGACACCCUUUGCCGGAGGUGAGCAAGUUAAGAACUCUUUCAAAUGCACCCUUUUCCAACUGCACCGACUCUUGAUGUAUGUGAGUGUUUCCAAGCUAUUUUUCUACUCAUGACAAAUGUCAAGAGUAAUACUUAAAAAAGAGAGACAUAUUUAAUACAUCGAACAUAGCAUAUUAAACACACAUACACACGUUUCCCUGCACGGCUUCAACUUUCGAAACACUUCACUUCCCUAACUCUGUCUGUAUUGAAGUAAUUAAACACAAAAAAAAAUUCCUCAGCACAUCUCAACACCCUUGAAAAUGCACACCGGUUAGAAGAUUUUUAAAUGGCAAGUUAACAAACGUUUCACUGUUAAAUUUUAUCGAUACAUCUAAUUGAAAAUCUAAAAAGAAAAAAGAAAAUAAUAUUAAUUAUAAUAACAACUAAUGCACCUUGUUUGGUGUUUGCGGUGGUAGUGUGGAAAAUGGUGGUGAUACAGCAAAAUGGAAUAAGAUGACGGUAUUGCUAGGAUAGGAAAUCCAUUAAAUGAAACAAUUUGCAAAACAGCACACAAACACACACACAAAAAAAAACAAAACUAAUAUAGAUAGUUACAUUUCUUUAAAACAAAACAAAAAAACACAAACUCUAGUGCACAGAACUAGUUAAAUGAAACAAUAUGCGGGAAGCGGGUGAGGAAAGUCCUUUUGAAUGAAACUUAAGAAUGUGAUCAAGAUAGUAGAGAAAGCAAGAUGAAACUGUAUUUAAACGAGAGAACGAAACAGAAAAUGUAACGUUUAAAACAAAAAAGGUAAGACAUGGAUUACAUAUUAUCUUAACAAGUUUAUUCCACAACAUGAUAAUCGUGUAUAACAAGCAAAAGCGCAAAGAAGUGCUGUUUGUUCGGUAAUGAAAAUGCAAAACUAGUUGAAAGCAUUUUUUUUUUAACCUAUUUGUUAUAAUUAUAUGGGUAAAAUAGAAUUAUCAACAGCUUAUAAAGAUUUGUUAACAAAAAAAUAUUUUAAAAUAGAAUGUUAAUUUUUAUCAUAAAAUUUUAUAGGUUUAAAAAUUCCCAUUUUAGUUCAGAAAGUAAUUUGCACACACACAAGCAGUUCAAUCAAACAAAUAUUGCGAAAUGUCAGUAUCAAAAACGAAUUGCACCAAACACCCAACUGCUUGUUACAACCCUUGUCUAUCAUUCUCAGCUACUCUCAAUGGAUGUGUGUGUGUGAUAAUGUACACUAUACUAUCUGAUCAUUUUAUCAGUGAAAAAAAAAACACAAAAAUGGAAAUAUUAAAAAUCACCCAACAUGAAACCAAACACGAGACAUGAGAUGCAGAAAAAACAAAACAAAUCAAAACAAAGCUAGCUAUACAGAUAUAUUAUAUAUAUAUAUAGAUAUACACAUAUAUACAUUUCGAUUAUAUUCUUAUACACACACAUACACACUACAACGGCAUCUCCGUGAACUUUACUACCAAUCGAUGCACAAAGCUAUGUUGGAAGAGAACGAUGGAUAGAACAAAACGUUUAAAAGCCCUCAACAAACCGACUACAAACAUUCCUGUACGAAGAGUGUAAAUCAGAACAUUAUGCUUUAUCUUGCCCGAUCGUACUUUCUUUACCAACUAAAAAAAAACAAAAACACAUUGUAAUGAAUGAAAAUUGUCUUGAAAAGAAUUACCAAGCGAACCAGCUGGAAUCGGCAGCAUACACCACUUCACGGUUCGGGUAAAAGCCGUACUUUAAAAACAAAUAAACUCACACCCAACAACAAAAAA